GAGACUUCAAAGACUUCAACGGUCAAACUUAGAGACAGACCAAACAAAAUGCCUUACAGAAGGAUUGUGGAGUACUUUCCUCAUUCGGUACAACCUGAAUCUGGUGCUUUAAAACUAACAAUGAAACCGACUAAGAGGAUACAGAAACAACUUGGCAAGCAAGUCGCAUUCUACGCCUAUGAGUGGAGUAACAGAAGAGCCUUGGUGGAUGCGGGUCCCGUAGUUUAUAUUCCCGACAUUGAAUGGACAAGAGUUUGGGAUCUACCGAAUGCAACUUCGACUGCAACAUCCUACACUACUUCUACAACAACGUCCGACACAAAUUUAACAACAGCGUUUAUAUCUUUAAAAACAACGUUCAAUACAACUUCGAAAACGACGUCCGACACAACUUCGACAACAAUAUUCGACAAAACUUCGACAACAACGUCUGACACAACGUCGACAACAACGUCGGGCACAACUUUGACAACAACAUCCGAUACUACUUCGACAACAAUGUCCGGCGCAACAUCAACCACACUGACAAUCAUACCUACAAUUUUGUCUACAUUUUUGUUGUUUCUGACCUCCAAAGAGCUGGAAUCAAAAUCGAGAUCAAUAAUUGGACCUAGUCCGACAAUAGGAUCUCCAUCAACUCUAUCAGAAUUUGAACCUGAAAAAGAAAUAAGCUACGUAGCGACUACAGAUACAAUACAAACAAUAGCUGACAAUCUUCCUGACGUGAUAGACGCGACCGUCCCUCAUUUUGAUUUCACCAACAAUGUGUCUAAAGCGACAACUACAACAACUAAUGCACCAAUAGAUUCUCAUGUUAUUUUUCAUAAUAUCGAUAAAGAUACAUCAAGACCAAUUGAAACCAAGUCUACCCACCACCUAGAGUCAAAGGAUGACUACCCAGCCAGAUUGGUGUAUCCACCUAUAGAUCCAGGAAUGCAAAAUCCGAAAAAGGUGGAUUUUCUUUAUUCUGAAGAAGAUGUUGAUAACGAUGCCUCAGUUUUAAGACCAGAAGACGAUCAAUACACCUUUGUGGCAUUGCUUGACGUUGUGUUCACUAACGGCUAUAAAAAGUCUUGUACAGGAGCUAUUGUGCAUGACAAUAUCGUCGUCACUGCAGCGCACUGCUUCUCAGUUGCCAACAAUGAAUAUUUACAACCGGAGCUCACAAUGUCUUUUGUAGUGAUUGGAAGUAAAAUUAUGUUUGAUACAGGAUAUGAACAAUAUCUACCUAUAGAGAGAGUUGUUACCCACCCAAGUUUCAAAGGGUGGACUGCCGAUUUAGCACUAGUGUUGACAUUUGCUGGAAUGACGUCAGACAAACCUGGUCACAUUAUACGAUUACUCAAUACGCCGUCUACUGCCGUGGAUACUAAUGUAACAGUAAUGAGUUGGGGACGCUGUAAAGAUGAUUUGGAAGACGAAAUUGAGGUGAACGCUCCGCCAGUCAAGCAAGUACCUAAAAAUAAUAAAAACGAGUAUGGAAAAAAAAAGAAGCAUGCAGUUACCAUGAUGUAUCAAUCCAACGAAGAGAAAUAUUCCAGGCAUGACGAACCUCCGAAUUCUUUCAAAGAAAGGGCUAGAGUAGACUCUGCUGAAGUUGAGAAUAAUUUUGCACUAGGAAACGCAGGCUUAACAAGCAACAACGGAAAUGGAAAAUCCUUUCACAUCGACCCCUUGCCAAGAGUAAACACGAGGAUUAACAAUUAUAGUACAAAAAAAAGACGCAGAUUUUUCCCCUAUCUACAAAACUUUGACGCAAGAAAUAUUGAUGCCUUUAAGAGCUGGCGACGUUCCACGGGCAAUGCGCAAAAUAAUUUGACUGUUGAAUCAUUUAGUUUUGUGAACGUGCAAACUUGUUCGAAACUCGUCGAAAGGUCUAUGCCGCCUCUUUACAGGCUAACAAAUAAAAAUGAAGUUAUCUGUUUUGCUAGUGAAGACCAUUACAUCACUAACGAAGACGCGGGAGCACCUGUAGUGCAAGCAGGAAAACUGGUAGGAGUGACUGUUGGGGGCACCGUAUGUGACGGAGAGCACGUCGCUGUUGCUAUGAAAAUCGCUUGCUUUUGUGAAUGGAUGUCUGAACAUCUGCCUAAGUCCAAUUCCAAACCAUUACAAUGCUGCGAGGAAUGUUGCGACGUACGUAAACAAAAUUCAAAUAACAACAUAGCAAGAACGGAAGAAAGUAUUUACCGCAAUCCAAUGAAAAGAGCACGGGUAUUGAUCCCUGUUGGUGGUGUCGGUGGUGAAGACGGGAGAGAUUUUAAUUCACCAGCCGGUGAGCGUCAAUUUGCCGCAGAAGAUAGGCCUGCUGAAGCUAUUUUGGCUUUCAACGGACGAAUACGUGGAGGAUUGCCUAAAUCUGAUCAACGCGGUAACCUACAACUAAUUCAGGGCCUCACUAUGAUGUGAUACAUGCCAUAAAAAUUUUUGAAAGUCCCAACUUUUUACCUAAGAGCUACACACGGUGACUUUUUAGCAGCGAUGCAAACGCGCGUUUUAUCGAUGCAGUCGCGCGCUUGCAUCGCGUUUGCAUCGCUGCUUAUAAUCGCGCGCAUGUGUAAAGGUAGACGAUUAGCGACUGCAUCGAGUUUGUAAUAAAGAAAUUUGUAUGACAAUACAUGGAUAUACUUUCAUAGUAUUAAUUUCCUCGUCAAGCACAUUUUAGUUUAUCGUCACAUAUUCCUCAUGCACUAAAAAAGAUUUGCAUGAUUCUUGUAAAAACCUCUAUUCCGUAGCACAUACCAUUGUAAACAUAAGAUAAACUAUAGAAUAAGAGAAUCAAGAAUAAGAACGACCCAAAACAUAAAAUUUUAAGCUAAGUGUGCUGCAGUCUGUGCCUUUAUUCAUGA